GAGUUUUUGAUAAAACCUUGGAAAAUCAUUUGAAGAGAUGAAGCUCUCCUAUUGUUCUCGCUUCUUUGUGUGGAUGAUGAAAAGGUUUAUAAAUAGGAGUAGUCAACGAACUGCGUGUACAUGAAUGACUGAAUUCUUAUCUCCAGCUUCAGUUCUCUUUCAACGUAUACUGUAAACAGCAGACACCCAAGAAUCCUCAUCUAAGUUUUGAGCCAAGCAAAAGAUCAAGUUACACCUGUUUUGCUUACACCACCUUGGAAACCACUAGACUCCAUUUUCCUGGGCUUCAAGCAAUAGUUUGCCCUCGCAGACAUAAUAAUCAAGUCACUAACCACCUGGAUCUCUUAAUCUCCAUAUCUGUGUCAAGAGGGAGUUCAAGACUUCGCAGGUGUCAACAAGCACAGCAGGCCUCAGGGUUAAAAGCAGCCCAGGAGAAGAAGUCCUCUUCCUUAUAAGAGUCUUGCCUUCUUUUGAGACUAAGCCAUGAGUUGGAUGUUCCUCAGAGACCUUCUAAGUGGAGUAAAUAAAUACUCAACUGGGACUGGGAGGCUAUGGCUGGCUGUUGUGUUCAUCUUCCGUUUGCUGGUCUACAUAGUAGCAGCAGAGCACGUCUGGAAAGAUGAGCGGAGAGAAUUUGAAUGCAACGUUAGACAGCCUGGUUGUGAAACUGUGUGUUUUGACCACUUCUUCCCCAUAUCCCAGGUUAGACUUUGGGCCUUACAGCUAAUUAUGGUCUCCACGCCUUCUCUUCUCGUAGUUCUACAUGUAGCCUAUCGUGAGGGGAGGGAGAAAAGGCACAGAAAGAAACUCUAUGUGAGCCCAGGUAUGAUGGAUGGAGGCCUAUGGUAUACUUACAUUAUCAGCCUCAUUGUUAAAACUGGCUUUGAAAUUGGCUUCCUUGUUUUAUUUUAUAAGCUCUAUGAUGGAUUUCGUGUUCCUUACCUUUUGAAGUGUGAUUUGCAGCCUUGUCCUAACACUGUGGACUGUUUCAUCUCCAGACCCACAGAGAAAACAAUCUUCAUCCUUUUCUUGAUCAUCACCUCCUGCUUGUGCAUGGUGUUGAAUUUCAUUGAACUGAGCUUUUUAGUUCUCAAGUGCUUUAUUAAGUGCUGCCUCAAGAGAGAUUCUAAAAACCUCAGGUGCUCAGGAUGUGAGUGUCACAACUUCAGGUGUGUUGGAAGUAAUAAGAUGGGGAUCCCUGCUCUACUCCAGAAUCACCAUUCAGGCUUGACCACAGGCACACCCCAACAACCUGAAGCAAAGCUACUUUGUGACACACAAGUGGGUUAA